AUGCAAAAAGUAAACGUUUACGAUAAUGAAGGUAUUUCAGUAAAAGAAACACUAGAAAGGCCAGAACUAUUUAAUAUUGAAUUAAGAAGUGAUUUAGUACAACGUGUACAUGAUAAUGUAAGACAGAAUGCUAGACAACCAUAUGCUGUCAGCCCUAAUGCUGGUAUGCAACAUUCAGCUGAAGGAUGGGGUACUGGUAGAGCAGUAGCUAGAGUUCCAAGAGUUAAAGCAUCUGGAACAAGAAGAGCAGGACAGGCAGCUUUUGCUAAUUUCGCAAGAAAAGGAAGAAUGGCUCAUCCAACUCAAGUUAACCGUAGAUGGACAAGAAAGACUAACAAAAAUCUUAGAAGACUUGUAUCUUGCAUGGGUAUUGCUGCUAGUGCUAAUCCAGCUAUUGUUGAAGGCAGAGGACAUAGAAUUGAGAACAUUAAAAGUUUUCCAAUUGUAGUUGAUGACAGUAUUUCUACAAUAACUAAAACCAAAGAUGCUUUAAAGUUGUUAGUUAAUUUAGGAUUAGGUGAUGAUCUUAAAAAGGUUAAAGAUUCUAAAACUAUUACAAGUGGUAAAGGGAAAUGGAGAAAUAGAAAGUACACUGAGAGAGUAGGUCUUUUGUUAGUUCAUGAUGGAGAAACUGAAAUGAAAGCAUUUAGUAAUAUUACUGGUGUUGAGUUAGCUAAAGUUGAUUCUUUAAAUCUUUUAACUCUUUGUUCUGGUGGUCGUUUGGGCAGAUUAAUUGUUUACACCAAGUCAGCCUUCAUGAAGUUGAGUACAAUCUAUUCAGAUGAGGGCAAGAAAGGUUUCAGUUUACCUGAUAAUAUGAUUUCAAUUGAUAAUCUUGAUGAAUAUUUCUACUCACCAGAAAUUCAAAGUUUAAUUAAUGUUCCUUCAUUAUUACCAAAAGGAACUACUAAGAAAUCUAAAGAAGAAUUAGAAAAGAUUAAUGAAAUGAUUGAAAUGUUUUAA